GGUGCGGCCAGGCAGCGAAUUUGAUAUACACAUUGACGACUCCAAUUGAUCUUUUCGUUUGGCUCAAAAGCCUUUGGUUUUGUUGCCGUUCCCGAAUCAACCAACUUGCUCUGAUACCUGGGCCAACUCCCGCCCCGGGCUACAGUAGGCAUUUUUCCACAGUUAUCGAGCAAAAAUGUCUUUGGUCAAUCUUUCCCACGUUUGUUCGCAUAUUCAAAAUGCCUCCAAGGCACGGCUCGGCCUCACAUCUGUUCCGUCAUCGAACCUCAUCCUGGCUUUGGCGCUGUCGCUGCAAAAGUCGGGUUUCAUUUCCAACGUGAAGCGCGGCGGUUUGGAACCCCCUCCAAGUCUGUCGGGUCAAGCUUUACCAUUUUCUGCGCUCGAUGAGGAGCCUGUUACGCAACAAAACAUCGCCUCGCGAAGAUUAUGGCUGGGUCUCAAGUACUGGAACAACGAGCCUGUCCUUAGCAAGAUGAGCAUGGUGUCAAAGCCCACAAGGCGGGUAUGGAUGAACGCAGAGGAUUUGAGCAAGAUUGUUAGAGGACGCAACGCAGGAUACGUCAAAGGAUUGACUAAGCCGGGAGAAUGUCUCUUUGUGACGACGGAUCAAGGCAUCAUGGAAGCAAGAGAAUGUGUCAGAAGGAAGCUAGGAGGUAUGCUCUUGUGCCGGGCUUUCUAAAAAUGGCUCAUUACCUUGGGUGUGUGUCAAGAUCCAGGCAGAAUUUCCAUUGCAGAUAAGAUAGCUUUCUCUGCCCCCCCACGUUCAUCAAAACUCGACGAGCUCCAGAAGGGAAGAAGUCGAUGGGAUUUGUAUUAUACGGGCUUCGGGACCCUGUGAGGGCUCCGUAUAUUUAAUGCAUAUUUGGCGUCCGGAAGGAAUUUUUAGAAGACAAUAAAAAUCGCUCUAUUACUGUUUUCGGUGUUAUAUUCCCGCUCAGCUCAAUGUUCUUCCCAGAAUGUGGGAUUGUAGGAUAUUCGCUUUUGCAAAAGAAUUAUU